AUGGCUGACAAAGUGAGCUGGGCAAUCAAGACAUUGACAGGGAAGCAUGCAACUUGUGGCAGGCUUGAGAUAAAUCCAAUUGUUGGCUGUGAUUGGCUUUGCAGACUUAUGCAAUCAGAUAUUCAAGCCAAUCCAGACAUUCCAGUUGAGUCUCUGCAAAGAAUCUGUAUGGAAAGGUACAAAAUUCAAGUGAAGAAAAGGUUAUUUUACAAGGUGAAAGCAAUUGCCAAGGAGCUCAUUCAUGGUGGAUUUGGAGAGGCCUACAAUCUUUUUCCAAGAUAUGGUGAAAUGGUCAAGCAGACCAAUCCAGGGAGUUAUGCACUAGUGACAUGGACACAAGUACCUGCAAAGGUCCAACCUAGGAACAAAUCAUGCUUAUUUUCUUUUGCUGCACAAGUUAGAGGUUUUUUGAGAGGCUGUAAGCCAAUCAUUGGCAUUGAUGGGGCCCAUCUUAGUGGAUAUUAUAAAGGGACACCACUAACAGCUGUUGGAAUUGAUGGGAACAAUGAGAUGUUUUCGUUUGCUUAUGGCAUAGUCAGUAAAGAGAGUGUUGAGACUUGGGGUUAUUUUAUGAGGAAUUUAAAGUGCCUCUUUGAGAAAGAGGGAUGCAACAGAGAUUAUUGGACAUUUCUUUCUGACAGGAUGAAGGGAGUUGAUGCAGCAAUUAUGGAGACAUUUUCCAGAGCUAAUUGA